AUGCUCACCUCGCGGGCCCAUGCAUCAAGACUCCUCUUCUUCUUCUUCAUCCUCGCCAACCUCGCAUCACUCACCGCCGCGUCGCACCCCGCCGACCAACGCCACGAACACCACCAAGGUCCGCUUUUGAAUCCGGGUGAAGCUAUCGCCUCCGGCUCUGACCAGCAGCACCCUCCGCUCGCCGCCGUCGCGGACGCAGAACUCCUCCUGCCCUUCGCAGGCCCCCUAGCACCAGCAGCACCAGCAGCACCCGAAGCCAUGUCCUCCUCCCUCGCCCGGACGGCCCCGCUCGUGUUCCCGGCCGCCGGCAAACACACGGCCACCGUCAUCUUCGCCCACGGCCUCGGCGACACGGGCCACGGGUGGGCGAGCGCCGUCGAGAACUGGAGGCGGAGGCAGAGGCUUGACGAGGUCAAGUUUGUGCUGCCCCACGCGCCUCAGAUUCCCAUCACCUGCAACUGGGGCAUGCGCAUGCCGGGCUGGUUCGACAUUGUAAGUCGUAACACAAUCUUUGACCGGCACCGCCGCCAAGCAUCAUCAUCGUCGCCGGCGUCGUCGUCAUCGUCAUCGUCGUCCCCGCUGACCGUACCCCAGAAAAGGCUGGACGGCACUGUCGAGUCCCUCCGCGAGUCCGAGGACGAGCCGGGCAUCCGCGCGUCGUCCGAGUACUUCCAGUCGCUCGUCCAGGCCGAGGUCGACGCCGGCAUCCCCGCCGAGCGCAUCGUCCUCGGGGGCUUCAGCCAGGGCGGCGCCAUGGCCAUCUUCUCGGGCUUGACGGGCCCGCACCGCAUCGGCGGCAUCGUCGGUCUGUCGUGCUGGCUGCCGCUUAGCAACAAGUUCGCGGGCAUUGUGGCGGCGGGCUCGCCGAGCCAGGACACGCCCGUGUGGUUGGGCCACGGCGACGCGGACCCGCUCGUGCGGCCGGAGCUCGGCGAGCUGAGCGCCGAGGCGUUGAAGAAGCUGGGGUUCAAGGUGUCGAGGACGCUUUACCCUGGUAUGCCCCACGCUGCGUGCCCCGAGGAGCUCGAUGACGUGGAGGCGUUUUUGCGCGAAAGACUGCCGCCGACUAAGCAGUGA